AUGGAAGAAUCAAGUAAGAGUGCUGACAUUAAAAAAUUUGAGGUUCUGAAGUUUGAAAAAGAAAACAAGAAAUUGAAGAAAGUCAAUUUCCAGUUUGAAGAAAAAAACAAGAAGUUGAAGAAACUCAAUUUUGAGUUUGAAGAAGAAAACAAGAAACUAAAGGCAGAAAUUCUGAAAUUGAAGUAUGAGAGUGCAAAAAAAACAAGACUUCUAAGGAUGUUAGUAGCAUUAUUGAUAACUUGGAGUUUGGUGUUUUUCUUUUGUGGCUCUCACAUAGAUGAUGAAAAGAUGCUUUGCCUGAAAUACAUGUAG